AUGCAGGAGGGAAAAACUCCCGUGUCGUUUUGGUGGGGUGAGACAUGCGCCUCCCGAAUCCUCAACCCUCAACGCUUGACCGGGUAUCGUGAAACGCCGAUUAGUGCUGUCGGAAAGGACAUGGGCGACUACUACAUUAGGACUGUGGCACUCGGCCCUGGUAGCAAUGCCUCCGGCGGCAGUGUUUCACAGUUAGAUAUCGAUAACGAGGCCCACCAAUAG